CCUUUCUCUCUCGUUCGCGCGCUCAUCUCCAUCAUCCUCUCGCUACUGAGAAAAAACCCGCCAGCGCGAAACAGAUGGGAAGGCAUCCGCGGAAUUUGCGACCGUUACCGAGCAGAGAAUAGCCGUCAAAACUUACGGACAGCGAAAAGAAGUUCAGUUUGUCCAGAAGACUUCUGGACUGAGAACUUGAGGACAUUUCACGUCUGUUCACGACUGGAAAACACAGCACAUGAGUGAGAAUAACGCAAUAUCUGCCUUUGAUCUCGGCUAUCUGUUCCACUUCGAGAGGUCAGAACUGCCCGUCUUGACUGCGCUUAUUUCACUCCUCCCCUCACUGCAGCCGCCUACUCUCGCCUACAUUUCAGGGCAGGGUGGGCCAUGCCAUUCGGCUGUUUAAAACCUGGUGAGAAGAAGGACUACAACAGUCCAACAGAAAUCACAGACAAAUAUGAUCUGGGCCAGAUUGUUAAAUCGGAGGAGUUCUGUGAGAUCUUCAGGGCGAAGGAUAAGAACACACUGAAAAUGUACACCUGCAAAAAAUUCCUGAAGAAAGAUGGAAGAAAGGUGCGGAAGGCUGCCAAAAACGAGAUUCUCAUCCUAAAGAUGGUGAAACACCCCAACAUCCUCCAGCUGGUCGAUGUCUAUGAGACGCGGAAAGAGUACUACCUGUUCCUUGAGCUAGCCACAGGUCGGGAGGUAUUUGACUGGAUUCUGGAUCAAGGCUAUUAUUCUGAGAGGGACACCAGUAAUGUUAUCAGACAGGUGAUGGAGGCAGUUGCUUACCUGCACAGCCUGAAGAUUGUUCAUAGGAACCUAAAGCUUGAGAAUCUGGUGUAUUACAACCGACUGAAACAUUCGAAAAUAGUCAUCAGUGAUUUCCAUCUGGCAAAACUGGAGAAUGGACUCAUCAAGGAGCCCUGUGGAACCCCAGAGUAUCUGGCCCCAGAGGUUGUUGGUAGACAGAGAUAUGGCCGACCUGUGGACUGCUGGGCCCUUGGUGUGAUCAUGUACAUACUGCUCUCCGGAAAUCCUCCAUUCUAUGAUGAAGCAGAUGAUGAUGACUACGAAAACCAUGACAAGAACCUCUUCCGGAAGAUUCUUGCUGGAGACUAUGAGUUUGACUCACCAUAUUGGGAUGAAAUUUCAGACUCCGCUAAAAACUUAGUGUCACGUCUUAUGGAGGUGGACCAGGAUCAGAGACUGACUGCACAAGAAGCCAUCAACCAUGAAUGGAUAUCUGGAAAUGCUGCGUCAGACAAGAACAUCAAGGAAAACGUGUGUGCACAAAUCGAGAAGAACUUUGCUAAAGCUAAGUGGAAGAAAGCGGUACGGGUCACGACUAUGAUGAAGCGUCUCAGGGCACCAGAGCAUCAGGCGGCGGCACCGGCGGCGGAAGCAGCAGCAGCAGCAGCACCUGGUGCGCCCAACCCUGCAGCAGGGGCUCAGGAAAACCCUCAAGCUCCAUCGGAGGCUUCCACAGCCCCGUCGAGCACCGCUGAAAGCAACUCAAUGAGCACAGAAGCCCCCGCCGUGGAAGCAGCGGCCGCUGCUGCCCAGCCACCAGCUGAGCCUGUUCUUCACGCUCCGGCUCCCGAACAGCCUGAUCCUACAUCGCGAUGCAACGGAGAGGCUUCAGCCCCCCUGCCAUCAGACACAGGGGAGGAACAGAGCGGUUAAUCUUGCUACCUCUCUCCCACCUGCGUUUAGAUCCCACACACUUGUACAUAAGCAGCAAGCAUGCUAAUACUGAUCCCGCAGCACAUAGCAUUAAUCUCAACACGCUCUAUCGUGAGCCGAUUUCUAAAACAUUUCCCAGCAAGCAUCUGUUUUCUAUUGAAUCACAAAGCUGCGUGACGUGUAUCGAAGGCUCUGGCCACUUUAACUUUGCGCAAAAGAAGAAAAAAGCUGUUUUCUGCUUACAUUAAGCCAAGAUUGGAAACUUUAGCACCGAUCUGCAUACAUGUUUUAGGAUAGAUGAUCAAAGCAGGCCUCAUUUUAUAAAAUUACUUUUUUAUUUUAUUGCAUCGCAGUUUGUUAACGUCCAUCUUGAGCAGGAGCACUGAUACACAGCUUCGUGUGCGAUGUAUAGUUUCUGUAAAUAGCUUACUAACCUCUGUAGAUUAGACUUAGCCAAGAACAGCAUGCUUUUUCAAAUCUGCUGUUUAUGACACCAGAUAACUGCCACAUUCAGCUUCAGCUUUACAUGGACAUUUCAUGUCUUGAUCGAACAUGCGCUCAUGAAAUGUUGUCAUCAGUUUAAGGGGAUUUAUAUGAAAAAAAAUACUUCGGCAGCAACUAAGGCGGCUAAAUUCGUCUCAUAAUGGCAUUUUAAUGGUUGAGACAUGUGGCCCAAUAAAUGGAGCAGAGUAGGUUAACAUAAGAAAUACCUCAAAUCUGCUUGGUAGCUAGCCACAUGAACAGUGGAAAAUGUGAUUUGUUCUUAUAAUGUAUUAUAUACUCAUUUGCAUACAUUGUACAUGUGUUGAGUAAUAAUAUACUUGUCCAUUUUAAAAGUACAUAGCCACACACAGUGAUCUUUGUUUUCAAUAGAAUUUCAUCUGAGGCAUAGAUGUAUUACUACUUUGAAACCCUUCAAUAUAUUAAUCCUUACAUUUAUCUUUUCAUUGUAUCUCCCUUUACUAAUCUAUAAAGCAUUUGAAUAUAUUCUGAGAUAUUUAAUUUCUUAGACUUAAACAUAAAAUUAUAAAACACAAAUGAUAUAUAUUUAUCUUUUUUAAAUUCCAAAUAUGAAACAGGGAUCAGAUAUUUUCUUAUUCCUGUCAAGUCAAGUUUAUUUAUUUAGGGCUUAAUAUGAUACAGAUUGUUUCAAAGUUACUUAAUUUGAAAAAAAAAAAAUAAUAAAAAAUUUCUUUCAUGUUCAGAUUACAAAAAAAAAUUUGCAUUGACUAAUCCAUGUGCUGCAGGAAUGAAUUAGUAUUUUUUUUUUAUAAUUUAAGCCUUUAUCUAUCAAAUUUUUCUGGACUAUACUGACUCAAAUUUUCCAACUCAAAGACAGAGACAGAGAAAAGUUGUGUGACCGUGGUUUUUAUUUCUGGUGAUUGAAUUUAGAUUUCAAAAUUAUUGUGUUCGGGAUUAUCUUGCACAAAAUGUGUAAGAAUCAUAAACUCAUUGGUCACAAAGCUUAUUUCUGAAAUAACUAAAAUCCUAUUGGCUGUUUGUUAAGGGAAUCAGGGUGAUGCUAACUUGGGUUACAAAAAUACAUCCUCCCUGCAGCUCUCUACAUUGGUUAGAUAUAUUCCUGCCUAAAGCAAGUAGUCUUAAACACUAAUGAUCCUAAUUAAGUCUAGCCCUAUUAACCAAACCCUAACCUUAACGAUUUAAGAUUUUAGCCGAUAGCUUUUUUUGUCUUAUUUUAUAGAAAUGUCUGCUGUCAGCAACAGACACCUCAUCUUUCACACAGAUCUUUCUCAUUAAACAUUCACGCUUCACUAGUGUGUGGAGUUUACUGUCUGUUACUCAUGAUGGCAGUACUGAUUCAUUUCUUAGUUGGUGCGUUCUACAGUAAAUUUAGAACUCAUUUUGUGCUGUCAUGAUUUUUACAUGAACAGAUUGAUGUUUUGUUUUCAGUAUACAUUGAUGGGUUGUUUUCAUAUAGGCCUAACAUAUUUCAAUUUUAGCACAGAGAAAUGGCAGGUGAUGUAGGAUUAAAAGAGCUUAAUGAAAGCAAAACGAAACGGUCGACCUCUUAAUAUGAGCAAUAGUCUACAACUGCGAUACUGUGAUGCUACUCUCAAUGUCAGUGUCCAUGUGAACACUCAGUUUCUGAUUGGCGUGUCCUCCGUUGAAGUUGACAGUGAAGGGUGAGAAGCUCAGGAUUACACAGGACAGAUGAAGCCAGUGCACCUAUUGUACAAUUAUUUCAUGUAGGUGAACAAAAACAGUAACAAAAUUUGCCCUUCGGUGGCCAACGAUUUGUAAUUGUUGUGCAGUGGUGACAUGCUGUAAUUUUCUAAACAUCACAGGAGUCAGUGGAGGUUUGACUGAAGAAGGCCUCGAUAUGCAAUUAUGCUGUCAGUGGUCUAUUGAUUUGAAGAUGAUGCACAGCAUGGGCUGUCACAGGUUUCUACUGAAGUCAGCUUUGAUAUACUUUGGAUCUCACACGUGUCACUGUCAUUUUGUAUCUUUCACUUCUUUUAACUUCUAAAAUAUUUCCUUUCUAAAAUCUGUCCCAUACCUUUAUUCGUUCUAUCUACUCAGAGACUUUGAGAUGCUGUUUUUUUGUCUUUGAUUUCGUAUAAAAAUACUGAAAGCUAAAACCGUUAAGACCUAAAAUAAAAAGCGUGGUAAGUAAUGUUUCAUGUGGGUCUUGAAGAAAAAAAAAAAAAAAGAUUUUUAUAGCAUUCAUGUAUACUGAAACCGCAGCUAGAUACUGUGUUACACAAUUCAAAGCAAUUUUUUAACAGUGCUUCACUAUUGCCUUUGGUGUUCGAUGUCUGUUGAUUUCCUCAUUCUCUCUGAUGUUCUUAUCAGUGUGGUUGACUGUGAACCUUUGAAUACACUGAGGACUGGCCUCUCUCCACUUUAACCUCUGUAUUCUUCAACUGACUUUCAUGCUUUCAAAAUAAACACAUCCUGAAUGAUCA